CUCAACCCCGACUCCAUUUUGGGAGUCAGAUUGUGAUUGUGAAUAUUACUAGCGAAGAAAAGCGGGCAGGUCCACGCAUUUAGUGGCCUGAAUAUGGUUCACACAUGUGUGGUGGCUGGUUGUCGGAACAGGAGGACCCCUGGCACCACAUUAUCCUUCUACAGGUUUCCACGGGACCCGGAGCGGAAGCAGCGGUGGAUUGCUGCUGUGAACCGUAAAGGAUGGAUGCCAAACGAGGGCAGUAGACUCUGCAGCACACACUUCAUUUCAGGAAAACAAGUGAAGAAUCCUAGAUCUCCAGACUAUGUACCUUCAGUCUUUAUAUCAGCACCACUGUCCCCAAAUAUGAAGGAAGCAAGUGCAUGUGAACUUUAUGAUAAACAAGAAGCACAAGUGGAGGCAGCCAAUGCUUUGCUGUUCCUACAAGGACAAGGACGUUUCAUGGAAGACAACGUCCAGAUCUACAGUCAAGAAGAGCCAGAGAAAGUUUCCUCUUCGCUUAGCAGUUGUAAUGAAGAUAAAGAGGAUAAUGAGGAAAUGGACAGUGAUGAAGAAAUCUCACUGACACGUAUUAGCCAAGCGGAAAAGCCAGUAAAAAACGUCCCCAUGAAGUCCCCUGACUACCAGUCCAGCCUUGAAGCUCUUAAGAAAGAGAAUAUGGAGCUGAGGGAAUCAGUAGAGAAGAUGUCUCUCAAUGAGGCAUCAUUCAGAAAUGAUCCAGAAAAGGUUCGGUUCUAUACAGGACUGCCAAACUAUUUCGUGUUUGAGACGGUUAUGUUGCUUCUCGUGCCACAUAUGAAAGGAGACAAAAAUGGAAAACUUUCAAAGUUCCAGCAGCUACUCUUGACACUAAUGCGACUUAGGCUUGAUCUUAGAAACCAAGACUUGGCCUAUCGUUUUGGGAUAACGGUUGCCACGGUGACCAGGACAGUCCAUCGGAUCAUUAGCAUAAUGUUCACAACCCUGGUACCCACUGCUGUUUUUUGGCCGUCUAGAGUGGAGCUCAGAAAAAACCUCCCGACAGCGUUACGUUCCACUUACCCAGACUGUGCAGUGAUUAUCGACUGCUUUAGGGUGUCUCUGGAAAAAGAGGAUGUGAAUCAGCCGGUUGUUUCCACGGCAUUCACCAUGCCCACCCAGUCAGCUCUUGUUAAUGAGCUGAAGUAUGUGAUAGGUGUUGCUCCGCAAGGUGUGGUCACGUUUGUCUCGGGCGGAUCACCGGGUCAUGUGAGUGACAAAAACCUAGUGGAGAGUUGUGGCCUCCUCUGUAAACUUCUGCCAGGUGAUGUCGUGCUUGCUGAGCGUGACUUCGACAUCGGCGACUUGGUGAAUGCCCGCAAAGCCGAACUCAAAAUCACAAGUACAAGCAGCCAGAGCAUACUGGAUGCAGAAGCUUGCUCGAUGGCAGGUACAUAUUUAGACAGGCUGAAUGUUCAUAGGCAUGUAGAGCAGGUCAUAAAGAUGGUCAAGAGAAGAUAUUGUAUGUUGACCGGACCAGUGGAGAGUCCCUUCACGGUCAUAGAUCGCACUUCCAAUGUGAGCACUUUCGAUAAGAUAGUGCAGGUUGCCUGUGCCUUAAAUAACCUGUGCAUUUCCGCUGUUCCUCUGGAGUAAUCUGUUAUAUUCACCGCACUACAUUUGCAAAAUGCACCUUUAUUUCCCCCUUUUUUAACAAAAUGCUUUAUUUUGUAGGACUCUGUUGUUAAAAAGGGGGAUUAAACAUUUCUAAGAAAAUUGUGGUUUAGAACCUAAGGACCAGUUUAUACCAAACAUUUAUCAGGCACGGUUUACUGGAUCAUUUACUAGAAUGUGUAACUCUCUGGUGUUGUUACAUAAGGAACUUCCUUAGUCUUGGCUUUGUUGAUGCUUUGGUGUGAUAUGGAACAUUCCAUUCAUAGCUUAAACGGAAUGUGGUAUUUUUGAGAGUAGAUUCUGAGACGUGAGAAUUUGAAAUAUCCAAGGCACUGAACAAAGUGUUUGAGCCAGAGACAGCAAGAUUCGUAUAUUGGCUGUUCCUAGUUCCCAGUGCCUUUCCCAAUGUGAUCCUUAUUACAUUUUUGCUUCUAUAUAGAGACACUAUAUUUUUGCAUUAAAAUCCUUUGUUCAGUCUGUUGUCUUUGUUACAACCAUUUAUUGUAAGUAUCACCAUUACAAGUUAUUUGCAUUGCUGUUUGAUUUUGUUUUUUGUUGUUGUUGCUGUUGUUGUUGUUUUCAAUCAAAACCAAUAACAUUUGGCACUAUACUGUAUAGUGCCUGGACAUUACAAGAGCCUGAUGUUCACCCAGUGCACUUAAGAUUUCAGGAUGGUAUUCCCAGCUUUCACCUAGUUUUGUGUGUUAUGUUGAUCUAUGUUAGGAUUUUUGACAACAAUGAUAAAUUUGACUUAUUUUGUUCCACAUGUUUUCAUGUGUUCUAUGUGCAAAGUUAGCCUAUGUGACUAUGAGCUAAUGUAGCAUCUUGUUGUGUAACAUGCAAAAUGUCUGUCGAUAAAAUGUUGAGAACUUGUGUCUUUAAUAUUUUUCAGUCUCUUUUGAUCAAAUUUCUAUUUUUAUUCACAGUUUAUUUACAUUUUACAAUAUUUUACAAAAGCAGGCCAGUUGUUAUGAUCAGUCUUGUGUCGUCAUAAUUCAUCUGAACAUCUUGAAAGUUUGUUUCAUACUGUAUGUGUUUUGUUUCAGGAGAACUUGGUGUAAUAUGUGGGCUGCUCCAGUUUUGGUCAUAUUGUCUCAGAGAGACAUUUUGUUGUAGAUACUAUAAUUAAAAGGAAAGUGAUGUUAUGGUUCUACUCCAGACUGUUCAUGUACAGUCGUGGCCAAAAGUUUUGAAAAUGACACAAAUAUUAAUUUUCACAGUCUGCUGCCUCAGUUUUUAUUUCGGCGAAUUGCAUAUACUCCAGAAUGUUAUGAAGAGUGAUCGGAUGAAUUGAAUUUUAUUGUGAAGUACCUCUUUGCCAUGAAAAUGAACUUAGUCCAAAAAAACAUGUACAUUCCAUUUCAACCCUGCCACAAAAAGACCAGCUGACAUCAUGUCAGUGAUUCUCUGGUUAACACAGGCGAGAGUGUUGAUGAGGUCAAGGCUGGAGAUCACAUGUUGAUUGAAUUAGAAUAACAGACUGGAAGCUUUAAAAUGAGGGUGGUGCUGGAAAUCAUUGUUCUUCCUCUGUUAACCAUGGUUACCUGCAAGGAAACACGUGCAGUCAUCAUUGCGGUGCACAAAAAGGGAUUCACAGGCAAGGCUAUUGCUGCUAGUAAGAGUGCACCUACAUCAACCAUUUAUGGGAUCAUCAGAAACUUCAAGGAGAGGUUCAAUUGUUGUGACAAGGCUUCAGGGCACCCAAGAAAGCCCAGCAAGCGCCAGGAUCGUCUUCUACAGUUGAUUCAGCUGCUCACUCACAAUUUUGCCUAAGAACACAGCCAUGAACAAAGAAUGGUACAAAAACAUCCUCCGAGAGCAACUUCUCCCAACCAUCCAAGAGCAGUUUGGUGAUGAGCAAUGCCUUUUCCAGCAUGAUGGAGCACCUUGCCAUAAGGCAAAAGUAAUAACUAAGUGGCUCGGACCAAAACAUCAACAUUUUGGGUCCAUGGCCAGGAAACUCCCCAGACCUUAAUCCCAUUGAGAAUUUGUGGUCAAUCCUCAAGAGGCGGGUGGACAAACAAAAUCCUACAAAUUCUGUCAAACUCUAAGCAUUGAUUAUGCAAGAAUGGACUGCCAUCAGUGAGGAUGUGGCCCAGAAGUUGAUUGACAGCAUAUGCCCAGGCGAAUUGCAGAGGUCUUGAAAAAGAAGGGUCA